AGACGCUGCUGGACACGCGGCUGGAGACGAGCGAGCUGCGCUGGACGGUUCAUCCCGAGGGGGAGGGACAGUGGGAGGAGCUGAGCGCGCUGGACGCGGAGCUGGGCGGGGCCGUGAGAACCUUCGAGGUGUGCUCGGGGCGGGCCGGGGGCGGGGCCGGCCGAGGCCACGCCCACUACAGCCGGAGCCACGCCCACUACAGCCGGAGCCACGCCCACUACAGUCAGAGCCACGCCCACUACAGUCAGAGCCACGCCCAGAACAGUCAGAGCCACGCCCAGAACAGUCAGAGCCCCGCCCAGAACAGUCAGAGCCACGCCCACUACAGUCAGAGCCCCGCCCAGAACAGUCAGAGCCACGCCCACAACAGUCAGAGCCACGCCCACAACAGUCAGAGCCCUGCCCACUACAGUCAGAGCCCCGCCCAGAACAGUCAGAGCCCUGCCCAGAACAGUCAGAGCCCUGCCCAGAACAGUCAGAGCCCCGCCCACUACAGUCAGAGCCACGCCCACUACAGUCAGAGCCCUGCCCACUACAGUCAGAGCCACGCCCACUACAGUCAGAGCCCCGCCCACUACAGUCAGAGCCACAACAGCUGGAGCCCCGCCCACAACAGUCAGAGCCCCGCCCCCAACAGCUGGAGCCCCGCCCAGAACAGCUGGCUGCGCUCGCGCUGGGUGCGGCGCGGCGCCGCCAUCACGGUCCUGGCCGAGAUUCGCUUCACGGUCAUGGCCUGCGACGGGCCCGGCGGCACGCGGGCGGCGCGGGGAACACGCGAGGACACGCGUGGGGACGCGCCCGGACACGCCACGGGGGACACGCAUGGACACGGCAUCGGGGACACGCAUGGACACGGCAUUGGGGACACGCAUGGACACGCUAUGGGGGACACGCACGGACACGGCAUCGGGGACACGCAUGGACACGGCAUCGGGGACACGUAUGGACAUGGCACUGGGGACACGCAUGGACACGGCACUGGGGACACGUAUGGACACGGCACGGGGGACACGCAUGGACACGGCACUGGGGACACGUAUGGACACGGCAUCGGGGACACGCAUGGACACGCCACGGGGGGCACGUAUGGACACGCCACGGGGGACACGCAUGGACACGGCAUCGGGGACACGCAUGGACACGGCAUCAGGGACACGCAUGGACACGGCACUGGGGACACGCAUGGACACGGCACUGGGGACACGCAUGGACACGGCAUUGGGGACACGCAUGGACACGGCAUCAGGGACACGCAUGGACACGGCACUGGGGACACGCAUGGACACGGCACCGGGGACACGCAUGGACACGUUACAGGGGACACGCAUGGACACGGCACUGGGGACAUGUAUGGACACGGCACCGGGGACACGCAUGAACACGGCACUGGGGACACGCAUGGACACGGCAUCAGGGACACGCAUGGACACGCUACAGGGGACACGCAUGGACACGACAUUGGGGACACGUAUGGACACGCUACGGGGGACAUGCAUGGACACGGCAUUGGGGACACGCAUGGACACGGCGCCGGGGAUCCCAGAUUUGUCGAUCUCCAUGGAAACGACCCCAAACCCACCAAUUUUUAUGGAAAUGACCCAAAACCGCUCAAUUUUAACGGAAACGACCCCAAAUUUGUCAAUCUCCAUGGCAACGACCCCAAACCAAUCAAUCUUCAUGGAAACGGCCCCAAACCCAUCGAUCUCCAUGGCAAUGACCCAAAACCGCCCAAUUUCUCCAGAAACGACCCCAAACCCAUUGAUCUCCAUGGCAACGACCCAAAAUCACCCAAUUUCCCCGGAAACGACCCCAAACCCAUCGAUCUCCACGUCAACGACCCAAAAUCACCCAAUUUCCCCAGAAACGGCCCCAAACCCAUCGAUCUCCACAUCAGUGACCCAAAAUCACCCAAUUUCUAUGGAGAUGACCCCAAACCCAUCGAUCUCCACGGCAACGACCCAAAACCGCCCAAUUUCCCCAGAAACGGCCCCAAACCCAUCGAUCUCCACGUCAACGACCCAAAAUCACCCAAUUUCCCCGGAAACGGCCCCAAACCCAUCGAUCUCCACGUCAACGACCCAAAACCGCCCAAUUUCCCCGGAAACGGCCCCGCCCCGCCCCGCGGCCGCCGCGCCGCCGCCCGCACCUGCAAGGAGACCUUCUCGGUGUUCUACCACGAGUCGGACGCCGACACGGCCACGGCCACCUGGCCGCCCUGGAUGGAGAACCCCUACGUCAAGGUGGACACGGUGGCCGCCGAGCACCUGACGCGCCGGGGCGGCGCCGCCGGGCGCGUCAACCGCAAGGUGCUGCGGCUGGGCCCGCUGAGCCGCGCCGGCUUCUACCUGGCCUUCCAGGACCGCGGCGCCUGCAUGGCGCUGCUCUCGGUGCGCCUCUUCUUCCGCCGCUGCCCGGCCGCCGCCGCCGGCCUGGCGCGCUUCCCGGCCACCGUGCCCGCCGGGCCGGUGGCGCCGGCGGCCGGGGCGUGCGUGCCGGGCGCCGUGCCCGCCGCCGAGGGCGCGCCGCUGAUGUACUGCCGCGAGGACGGGCGCUGGGCACGGCCGCCGGCGCUGGGCUGCGUCUGCGGGCUGGGGGGCGGGGAGGGGCCCCCCCAGUUCCUGAAGGUGCCGCGGCCGCGGGCGGAGCUCGGGGGGCUGCGCCCGGGGGGCGUCUACGGGGUGCGGGUGCGCGCCCGCUCCGAGGGCGGCUACGGCGACUUCGGGCCCGAGACCACGGUCAGCGCGCCGGGCGGCGGCGGGAAGAUCUACAUCGACCCCCUGAGCUACGAGGAGCCCGAGGGCGCCCUGAGGGAUUUCGCCCCCGAGAUCGACGCCGCCUGCGUCGCCCUCCACGAGGUCAUUGGGGCAGGCGAGUUCGGCGAGGGCCGCGAGGGGACCCUGCCCGCCCUGCAGCUGGUGGCCAUGCUGCGCGGCAUCGCCGCCGGCACGCGCUACCUGGGGAUUUGGGGACAUUUGUGA